AUGGCAGUUGACGAUGCAACGGCAACGGAAACAGAGAGAGACGAGACGCCGACUGCACAGCAGCAGCAGCAGCAGUCGAUGGACGUGAGCGAGGAGGCCAGCGCGCUCCCGUCGGAACCGGCGUCCCCCGCUGUCUCCACGACGUCCGUCUUGCCUGCGCCCGUCUCAACGCCCGUCUCAACGCCCGUCAAGGCCGCGCCAGUGAAGCGACUCAUGAUCACGAAAAUGCGCCUCGAGAACUUCAAGUCGUACGCUGGGAAAGUCGAGAUCGGACCGUUCCACAAAUGCUUCAGCGCGGUCGUGGGUCCCAAUGGCAGCGGCAAGUCCAACGUCAUUGACGCGCUGCUGUUUGUCUUUGGCAAACGCGCGUCGAAACUGCGUCUCAAAAAGGUCUCGGAGCUCGUGCACCGCUCGGCGGGUUUCCGAGACUUGGACAUGGCUACAGUUUCGGUCUUUUUCCAGGAGAUUGUCGACACGGAAGACGGCGACGCUGCUGCUGCUGCUACUGCUACUGCUACUGCUACUUCAGCGAUUGACAAUGAAGCCAACUAUACGGUCGUGCCGCAUUCCGAGUUCAGUGUCACGCGCACCGCUACGAAGAGCAACGUGAGCAAGUACUUUAUCAACGACCGACCCAGCAACUUCACGCGCGUGACGGAGCUGCUGCAGGACAAGGGGAUCGACCUGGACAACAACCGGUUCCUGAUCUUGCAGGGAGAAGUGGAGCAGAUUGCCAUGAUGAAGAGCAAGGGCGCAGACGGCUCGAACGAAGACGGGCUGCUCGAGUACCUGGAAGACAUUAUUGGCUCCAACGUGUACGUGGAACCCACGGAGCGAGUGUGGGACGAAGUCGAGCACUGCAACGAAGUGCGAGGCGACAAAGUGAACCGUGUCAAGCUCGUGGAGAAGGAGAAGGCGCACUUGGAGGGACCUCGCGCGGAGGCGCUAGAGUACCUUUGCAAGGAGAAGGAAGUGUACAUGAAGACGAACAUUUUGUACCAAUUGUGGAUUCAAGAGGCGUCGAAUAAUCGUGAGCUGUGUGAGGCCAAGCGGGAUGAGCUGCAGGCCAAGUAUAAAGCGGAGAUGGCACGCAUGGCGAAGAACCGCGAAGAGUUAGAGGCUGUGGAAGCUGUGUACCAGCGCGUGAAGAGCGAGCACGACGACGUUGCCAAGCAGCUAGAUGAGACGAAGGCCGAGUACGCAGACUUUGAAAAGCAAGACGUGAAGCUGCGGGAAGAGCUAAAGUACGCGAAAGAGCGGCAGAAAGAGCUGAAUUCAACGCAAAAGAAGGAAACGAAAAAGCAAAAGAGUAUUAAAGAAAAGGUACAGGAGAAUGAGGAGCUGGUGCCGCAGUUGGAGAAAGAGGUAGAAAAGUUACAAGCUAAGCUCACGAAGCAGGAGCAGGUGCUGGAACGUAUUUUGGAGGACCACAAGGAAGAGACGACUAAGCUACGUAGUAUCAUGGAAACCAUCCAGCAGGACAUGGAACCGUGCCAGACCGAACUGAAUGCUUUGCGGUCAGUGAUCGAUACAACUGAGACGGAGAUUCAGCUCGUAGAAGAGCCUGUGACCAACGCCAAGAAGGCGCUCGACGCAAAUGCUUGUGGUAUCAUCGAGUCUGAGGCAAACUUGCGUGGACUUGAACAAGACCAGGCCGAGAAACGCGAGAAACUCGUAAAGAUGAAGGACCGCAUCGUCGUUGCCGAGCGAGAAUUGGAUGGCGUCAAGCGCAGAGAAAGCACUGUUGCAGAGAAGUACCGCGAAGCUCGUACAAAAGCUGAAGAGGCUUCGGGUGCGGUCCAAUCGCAUGCGACUAGAAACCGCAUGCUGCGGGAAUUGCUUGAUGCAUCCAAGCCGGGGAUGCCCCUGGAAAAUGCUGGGCUGUUCGGUCGCCUGGGUGACCUCGGCGCGAUUGAUGGCAAAUACGACGUCGCCAUAUCGACUGCUUGCGGCGCGUUGAAUAACUUGGUUGUCGAGACGACUUCGGGAGCACAAGCGUGCGUGGCAUACUUGCGCAAACAUAAUUUGGGUCGCACUACAUUCCUGAUUCUGGAGCAACUCGGUUAUCUUCGGUCGAAAUAUGCCCAGCACUUCCGUGGUGUGAACACUCCUUCUGGACAAAUAGCGCCCCGUUUAUUUGAUCUAGUGAAGGUGAAUGAUGACAAGUACCUGCCUGCAUUUUACUACGCUCUGCGUGACACACUGGUGUCUAAGAACUUGGACGAGGCUUCGGCCAUUGCUUUUCAAGGACGCCAAUGCAAAUACCGCGUGGUGACUCUAGACGGACAGCUGGUCGAGAUGUCCGGUGCAAUGUCUGGCGGGGGUAAACGAGCCCGUAGCGGUGGCAUGUCAAGUACGCUCUCGAGCGGUCUGAGCGAAGGUGAGAUUCGGGCUUUGCAAGAGCAGGCGUCGUCUUUGCGGAACGAGUUGGAACAAAUCCGCGACGAAAAAGAUUCGCUUGAGAAAGAGCUACAGCAACUCAAUCGCCAAAUCGAGCAGUAUGAGAACGACAUGCCCAAGAUCGAAUUGGACAUAAAAGCAACCAAGACACGACUGAAGGAUUACACGAAGAACAAAAGUAGUCUGGAAAAGCAAACGACGCUUUCUGCUGAUGCGAAAAAGCAAGUUGAGCGGCUGAAGAAGCAAAAGACCACGAAGGAUGCUGAGUACAAAACCGUGAAAAUAAAAGUGGAUAAAAUGGCUGCUGAACUGGUCAAGAUAAAGGACCAGAUUCUCGAUGUGGGCGGCGAAAAGCUGCGCAAGGAACAGGAUGUGGCAAAAAAGAUUACGAAGCAAAUAUCGGAGAAAACGAAACAAAUGACAAAAAUCCGAGUUGACUUCAAGAGCAGCCAAAAAAGCACUGAGAAGAACGAGCAGGUACUCAAGAAGAUAAAGGAAGAUUUGGAAGCAGUGGGGAACAAAAUUGACACCAUCCGCGAGCAUAUUACUGCCAUGGAAGAGAAAGCUUUGACUGUUCUUCAGAAGUGCGAGGGGAUCCAAGAGCAGGUCACUGCGAAGGAGAAAAUCCUCCGCAAAGAAGAGUCCAAGUACCGAAAGCUGAAGAAGGAGCACGACGGGAUGGCAAGCACAGAAGUGGACUUGUCCAACAGCCUAGAAGACUGCGAGAAAAUGCUGGACGAAAACACCAAGAAGGAAGCAUACUGGAAGACGAAACUCACGUCUCUUCACGCAGCGUUUGUCACCGAACAAGAACAAAAUGCGGGUGUUUUCGAGGAUGAUGCAGACUUUCCCGCUCGGAAGCGUCAAAAAGGAGGCAAGGCUGCAGAUCGAGAGGAUGCAAUGGAGGAGAAAAUGGAGAACGAGGAUGAGGACAAGGACAGUGGUGACGAGGAAGAUGUUUACAUGGACGUGACAUUGGAAGAGCUUCCGACGCUGGAGGCUGCUGCACUAUCUCGAUAUAGUAAAGAGGAAAUGAAGUAUGAGAUCUCCGUGCUGGAGCAGCAGCGCGACGAGCUCAAGGCGAACGUAAACAUGGGUGCAUUGACAGAGUACAAACAAAAAAAAGAGGAAUGCAAGGCUCGCAUUAUCGAGUUAGAGGAAGCUACGAAGCUACGUGACGCAAAGCGCCACGAGUACGACGAGCUGCGACGCAAGCGACUGGAGGAGUUCAUGACGGGUUUCCGCAUCAUUACGCUAAAACUGAAGGAGAUGUAUCAGAUGAUCACACUUGGUGGUGAUGCGGAGCUAGAGCUUGUGGAUUCACUGGAUCCGUUCUCCGAAGGUGUGGUGUUCAGCGUGAGGCCUUCGAAGAAGAGCUGGAAAAACAUUUCGAACUUAUCGGGCGGAGAGAAGACUCUUGCCUCACUGGCGCUUGUGUUCGCGCUGCACCAUUACAAACCAACGCCAUUGUAUGUGAUGGACGAGAUCGAUGCAGCACUGGACUUUAAAAACGUGUCGAUUGUGGGCAACUACAUCAAGCAGCGUACACGCAACGCCCAAUUCAUCAUCAUAUCUUUGCGCAACAACAUGUUUGAGCUCGCAGACCGUCUUGUGGGCAUCUACAAGACGAACGACGCUACGAAGAGCGUGACAAUUAAUCCAAAGAUUUACGAGCAAGGUACCGCCAUGGCCUCGGCUGGGAUGAUGACGCCGACGGCGGUGUAUCCAAAAUCGCCCGGCCUGAAUAGUCCCACGAGUGAUCCGCGUCGAUCCGUCAAAAAGGCUCGGCGAUCUAGCCAACAAUCGGUGGCAUCCCCCGCAGUGCAGCGAGGUGCUUCAGCGAUGAGCACACCAUUGCAGAACCGAACCAACACGUCGUAG